AUGACGUCUCCGCAAGAAAUGAAUAUUAUUAUGCUUGAGGCUAAACUUUCCGCGUACUUUGAACGUAUUCAAAGUAUCUACGAUUUGUCAUGUAGGCUUAAUAGUGACGCAGAUAUCGAGACAUUGGUUACUCGUGCUGAGGGUUUAGAAUCGGUUCGUAGUAGCUUCGAAAAGGUCUUAUAUGAUUUAAAUCGUUUUAACAUGGAGAUAAAUCCUAAAUAUAAGCCAGAUUUCAAAAAACUCAACGCUUUCGAAGACUUGUAUUGUCAUAUUAAGCGACAAGUUUCACUUAAAUGUCUCACUAACAAACCCGCUAUUCAAAGCUCAUAUUCGAAGCCUAGACUUCCAUCAAUAGAACUGAAGGGGUUCGACGGUGACCCGCGCAACUGGCCGCUAUUUUAUUCUAGUUUUGUCGACACAAUACAUAACAACCCUACUUUGACGUCAUCUGAUAAGUUAUAUUAUUUAAUAGGCAAGCUGACUGGCAAGGCAUUGUCGGUGUAUGCAGACAUUACGCCGUCACCUGACAACUACGAAAUAAUAUUUAACGCCCUUGUCUCUAAAUACGAAGACAAGCGGCUUCUCGCGACCACUUAUUUAAAUACUAUAUUUGAAUACAAACCACUUUCUUCCGCGUCACAAUUAGAACAUUUUAUAGAUAGAUUUUCAUCUUCUGUAUCCGCAUUAAAUAAUUUAAAAUUAGAUAAUCUAAGCGAUUUCAUUUUGUUAUAUAUAGCUCUCAAAAAACUAGAUUGUGAGACCACCCGCGCUUUUGAAAUGGAAAACCGAAAUUGUGGAAUUCCAAAACUUGACGAUUUACUUUCUUUUGUCCGCGAUCAAAUUAAAAUCAUACAACGUCAUGGUUCAUUAAAUUCUAAGUCUAAACCUCAUUCAAAUUUACCGCUUGUUUCUAAAAACGUUGUAAAGUCAUUUUUAGUAAAUAGUAAUUCCGCAUGUCCCGUUUGUUCUUUAAAAACUCAUACUCAUUAUUACAACUGUUCUAAGUUUAACGACAAUAAUCCGCGUGAACGAUAUCAGGUUGUCAAGCGCAACCAUUCAUGUGUAAACUGUCUCAGUUUACGACAUACCGCAUCAACUUGUAAAUCGUCUAAUGCCUGUAAACAUUGCAAUUCACAUUCGCAUCACACUAUGCUUCAUUUUAAUGAUAACACGCAUUUCAAAAAUAAAGGUAGCCGCUCGCAAUCUGAAAGGGAAAACGUCCCUGCGCGAGCCGCGUACGUCUCGCCGCCGCGGCGGUCGCGGUCGCCUCGUGGUAAUGCUAUCCCGCUCUCACCCGCACGCGACGCUGCGCGCGCAGCCUCUCGCUCGCACGGCAGUGGCGCGUUAUCAUCACCCGUACACUCGACAGCGCAAGUUCUCUCAGCGUCGCAUAGCAAUUCCGAUACGGCUAAUGACGUAAUAUGCGCUAUGGCGAACACUGUGCGUGCCUCCGCGCAUAGUAGUCACGUUUUGUUAGGUACCGCUCGCGCUUACGUUGUUUGUAGCGAUGGCUCAUUCAAACAAAUUAGAAUUUUAAUAGAUACGGGUUCUCAAAAUCAUUUUAUAACGAAAAAAUGUUGUAAAUUUUUAAGAAUUAAAACAAAGAUUAUUGUU